AUGUCAUCCACACUCUCUAGCAAUCUCCUUUCCAUCACCGUCUCUCAUCCACUGAGCCACCAGCACCAGCCACCCUCCUUCCACGUCUUCGCCAUAAUCACCCCCCAGGCCAAUCGCCAAUUCGAUCCGUCCCCGCCUACUUUCGUAGGAUCCCCGCCGGGAAAGAGCCCGGCUAGCAGAGAGGAACUGGAAAAGGAGCUCAUCUUUUCAAGGCCGGGCGCUCUCAUCUCCGCUCUUCGUUUUUCCCCAGGUUCUCGUGCACCGUCGUCAGCACCCAUCCCUCACCAGGACAUCAUCAUCCGUCACAUCGACCACGUCCCUUUCCCCCUUCUUCAGAUCUGGAUGAUCGACGGCCGGUACUCAAUCCACCUUAGCGGAAGUGACCUAUUCAGGAUCAGUAGACCGGCCCGUCGACGCCGCAUAGCACAGGAUGAGAACUCGUCUAGCACGACUCAAACACGUAGGUCAAACCUCGAGUCCGAGGCUGAUGUUUCGUUUGCGGGUCGCAGUCCGAUGUCGACGUCGACGGGAAAGGACUCGUCUUGGGUGCACUUGAAGAACUUUGUAGAACCUGCCGGUCGCCUCCCCUGUACCACGGAAUUCGAGCUCCGCUCUUUUCAUCGACCCGCCGAAGGUCUCCUCCAGCAUUGCGGUCGGAUUCACGCAGGUCACGUGUUGCAUCGGUGGAGAGGGCACCUCGACUCGGGAGUCGUAUUCAUGGGAUUCUUCGUUCUUCGUUCUUCGUUCUUCGUUCCGAGGGCCCGGGGGGGUUAGGGGAGGCAUCAAAUCAUAUCACAUCAAUGGUUACCCGGGCUCCUCCCAUUUUCCGAAUCGUCGGUCGACGACCUUGUAUAUCCAUAGACACCAUAUCGCAAGAGUCCCGUAGAGAUGAAGGAUUCGGCUUAACUUUCAGAUUCCGACCGUUGUUCCCCUAUUUCCGAUUUGCCCAGGAAUGUCCGUCCCCUUCCAACGUAUCCUUAUACUCGCCGGUGCCGUUAAAUCUAUCUCAAAAUCCGAUCGAUCUCUAUCAUUCCGAUGAUCAUACAUCCGGCCCACUCCUCUCUCCCGAUCCGAUAUUGGCGAGGCGCUCCUCGU